UGAAACAUAUGUUACUAAACAUGCUGUAUGUCACACACAUGAAUAAACUCUUAAACUCUUCAGAAAUCUCUCUUAAACCGCUACACAGCUUCCUAUGUUUUUUAAACUACAGAAAAUACUAGAGAAAAAUCUGAGAACACGCUUACACUCUUUUACACAGGCACAGAUAUGGCUUCAUCCAGCAUUCUACUUUCUGAAGACCAGUUCCUGUGCUCCAUCUGUCUGGAUGUGUUCACUGAGCCAGUCACCACUUCAUGUGGACACAACUUCUGCAUGGUCUGUAUCACAAAGUACAGGGAUAGCAAGGACCUGUACCAAUGUCCACUGUGUAAGGAGAAGUUCUACAGACAACCUGUGUUUCGUGUUAACACAACGUUCAGAGAGGUUGUAGAGAAUUAUAGAAAGAUGAGAGACAGAAGUAAACAUGAGUCCCCUGCCAUACCUGGAAAAGUGCCCUGUGACGUCUGCACUGGGACGAAGCGCAAGGCCCUGAAGUCUUGCCUGGUGUGUCAGACCUCUUACUGUGAGACUCACCUGGAGCCUCAUCAGAUAGCCCCACCCUUAAAGAGACACAAACUGAUCGACCCUGUGGAGAACCUAGAAGACCGGAUGUGUAAGAAGCAUGACAGACUCCUGGAGCUGUUCUGCAGGACUGACCAGACAUGUGUGUGUCAGUUCUGCACUGAGGGAGACCACAAGACUCAUGACACUGUCCCUAUAGAGGAAGAGUGUGGAGAGAGGAAGGCUCAGCUGGGGAAAUCUGAAGCAGAACUGCAGCAAAUUAUCCAGGAGCGACUGAAGAAGGUUAAAGACAUCAAACUCUCAGUAGAUCUCAGCCAGAGAGAUGCAGAGAGGGAAAUAGCAGAGAGCUUGCAGGUCUUCACUGCUCUGGUGCGCUCCAUUGAGAAAAGUCAGGUUGAGCUUCUUAAAGUGAUUGAGGAGAAGCAGAAAGCAGUAGAGAGGAAGGCUGAAGGGCUCAUUAAAGAGUUGGAGCAGGAAAUCACUGAGCUAAAGAGGAGAAGCACUGAUCUGAAGCAGCUCUCACAGACUGAGGACCACCUCCAACUUCUCCAGAGCUUCCUAUCUCUAGUGUGCACCCCUCAACCCACCAAGGACUGGUCUGAGAUCAGUGUUCACAGUGAUCUGUGUGUGGGGACUGUGAGGAGAGCUGUGUCCCAGAUGGAAGAAGCACUGAGUAAAGAGAUGGAGAAGCUGCCUGAAGUCAAACUGCAGAGGAUUCAGCAGUAUGCAGUGGAUGUGACUCUGGACCCUGAUACAGCAAAUCUCUACCUCAUCCUGUCUGAGGAUGGGAAACAAGUAAGACGUGGAAACACACCACAGAAUCUUCCUCCCAAUUCAAAAAGGUUUGAUGGUCAUCGGUUUGUCCUUGGAAAGGAUGGCUUCUCCUCAGGAAGAUUUUACUAUGAGGUGACGGUUAAGGGUAAGACUAGAUGGAAUUUAGGAGUGGCCAGAGAGUCCACUGACAGGAAGGGGAAAAUGAAAAUGAGAACUGAAGAUGGACUCUGGACUGUGUCCCGGAUCUAUGAGAAUGUGUACAAAGCUGGUACCUCCCCCUCCGUCGUCCUCUCCCUGAGAGAGAAGCCCCAGAAGGUGGGGUUAUUUGUGGACUAUGAGGAGGGUCUGGUCUCCUUUUAUGAUGUGGAGGCCAGGUCUCAUAUCUACUCUUUCACUGGCUGCACCUUUACUGAGAAACUCUUUCCAUUCUUCGGCCCCUCUGAUAAUGAUGAUGGUAAAAACUCAGCCCCUCUCAUCAUCUCUCCUGUCAAUCACACACACUGAUUCAACGAUGGGGAGGGAACAGAUAAUUAACUAAUUACAUUCACAAAUCAUUGAAUAUAUCAGUUUAGAAAUGAUCAUAUUUAUCCAGUUUACAUGACACAUGAUUAGAAUUUCCAUGGAUGUCCUCUGUAAUCUCAUCAUCAAAUGAAAAUUGAAACUUCUUUACUCUGUUAGGGACAGAUUGAGUAUUACUUGUUAAGGGGUCAUCCAAAAUAUGGGAGGUUUGUCAAACAUUUUUUAUUGCUUUGGAGAGGGUUGUGUGGGCUUUGGGGGUUACAGGGGAGGGUAGUGUAUUUUUUUCCCGGGUUUACAUUCACCAUUCUGCUCGUAUUUUCCCUACAAACAGUGGCUUGACUUAACUUUAUUAGAGUAAUAUCAAAAGUUAGAAAUAUUUGGGGAAGGUUUGGUAUGGUGUAGCUCUUAUUAAGCCUUAGCUACUGCAGGCCUGUGAUAUGAAGGCAGUGCCCCCCGGUGCUCCAGCUGACUCCGACAGUUGAACUUGAGGUGAGGGAGACAGUUUCAGGCCUACCAGAGUUACUCCAUUAAUCUACCAAUAUAAUGCUCAUCAUUAUACAAAAUAUUCAGAUUGAAAGCCUAUACAUUUGCCCCCCUUCUGUGUGUCUAUAUCCGUGUAGCAGAUGCAGUAGCCAUCUGCCAUAAAAAAAUGCAUGUCAGUGUCGUAGCAUGCCACCAGCAUAUCUCUCUCUGGGGUUAGGCCUAAGCUUAUUUUCCUAUAUAUAUGCUGCGUGUAUAUAUAUAUAUAUAUUUAUUUAAAUGUUAAUAUCAUACAGUGGACACCUAAGCCUUUGCAAUGCCCUGAUACAUUUAGUAAUCAAAUCUCUGACAGCUGAACCGUAAGGUGGACAACAAUUUUUUUAGGAAAGUACCUCCCAAAAAUAAAAAAUGAAUUGGCUAUAAAGUUUUGCACAUGCUACACAUCGAAACACAACAAAUAGUGUUCUGUAAAUUGUUAUAGUCUGGUUUUAAUUACACGUAAAUAUGGUUUAAUUAGCCAACUUUCCUCAUUUAUUGAAGGCGCUGGCUGUCCAGGUUGGAUUUGAAUGCAUAUAGAUGUUACAUUUCUCAAAUGUCUGGUAAAUUAAACAUUUUCCUGUCAUGUUGUCCAGCGCCAGAAAUGGCACAUUGAAAAAGGUUUUAGAAUAAAUUCAAACAAACCUUUGUUUCAUCACAAAACCGGAGAGAAACCUUUGUCCAGUGAAGUCCCCAAAGCAUAUUGCAUGGAACAAACAGCUACAUGACCUACAGCAAGUUAGCAUUUCUGACAUUUUCGGACCACUAAUGAUUUAGAACCACGGAGAGUUACAGCAAGACGCAAAGACAACAGGAGCUGCCUCCACUAUUCCAGCACCAUUUCAACUUCAACAUUUCAACAUCAUCUUAUGUUUAGUCUAAUACAGUGACAACUAAAAGAUACCAAAAACAAUUUAGUCCAAUCAACAUAAGCUAAAUAUGAUGUGGCUGUCCAUGGUUCUAAUUUCUGUAUGUGUUUAUGUGUGUAUGUACAGAAACUCCAAUGCUAUCCUCUCUUUCAUGGAGGUGAAACGGUCUAUCACUCUGUCAUACGGUACACACAUUGUUUUUUGUUGUCCUAGGCUACUUGGCUACAAUGCUUGCUCGCUAGUUUAACUUCAUUUCAUGGGCAACGUUAGCUAGUUACAGUAACAUUAGCCUUCUACAUCAAGCUACAUAUUGAACUUCCAUCCUCUCAGGCCAGGGGCACUAUGUAUGUAUUUAUGGUUGGAUCAGAAUCGCCAUUAAAAUCAGUGUCCAGUAUGGAGAAUUAAGUAAAACCACAAGUCCAAAUCCCUAUCUCCAUCCAUGGUUAAUUUAGGAAAGAGACAAUUUUAUCUAGUGAGCUAGCCACCGGAGGACAACAACACAAAGAGAUGCAAGAAUUCAAGUUGUUUCUGUCAAUGACGUAUGCUCUCGAUGCGAUUGGAGAGAAGCCAAAUCCAAAUCAGCUUCUAUUGACACUUUUUUUUGGUGCGCCAGGACCAUUCACAGUUGAGCUCACUCAGUUUAGCACUGAUUGGCUAUUAUUUCAUACUUUUUUAUCAAGGGAGGCCAAAUGCUCGCUGGCUUCCCUUGCAUUCAAUGCUAUGGGCGGCAACAAUGUUAUACUCUUUUGGACCAGACAGCAUCAGAUAGAUGUCCUACACAUACUGAGACAGAGCGACGCUGUUUCGCUCGUGCUGAUGUUUCUCCGGUGAGAUACAUUCAGCCUCUUGCGAAUUGAAGGAAAAUGAUGAAACUAAGAGAGACGAUAGAUCAAUUAUUUUAUAUGUUUUCAUUUUUCUCUUGGUCCAUGAAUAUAUUAAUACAGAAUUACAAUCUCAUGAUGCAGUAAUGACCCAAUGUUGCCACGAUUUAGGGAUUUACGGCCUGUACAGGUCUGGAACGAUGCACCCAUUUGAUUGUAUUUUAACCAAAGCUCAAGAUCACAGUCUUGGCAUCGUAAAGGACCAUAACUGUAUUACCAUUAUUGCUCUUUGUUUUUGUUGUCAAUUGUCUGUCAGUGUUUUAUCUGUUGUUGCUUAUGGAUGCUGUGUGGGUUGUCUGCCACCAAGUGGCAUGUUUUGUUAUGUCCUGCAGAUUUGUUUUAUAAACUCCAAUAAAAUAUAUGAAAGAGACAAACUUA